GAACGCGCUGAGCCGUGCCGGCAGCCACCGCCGGCGGGGAGGCUGGGGUCACCCGAGCCGGGGCCCGCUCCUAGGCGGGGGCGUCCGGUACCACUUCAGUGAGGCCGCGCCGCACAGCCACCAGCCGCAGCACACGGAUCAGUAAGGCUCGCGGGACAGGGGCAGGGGACAGGCUGGCUCCCAUUCCCACUGCCGUUCUUGCUAGCUCGCUGGGAGUGCCCUUGCCCAGAGAGCGCAUCUCGUCUCCUCUCCGAGCUCACUAGCCUGCGAUGCCUUUUCCUUUAGAUGUGGGGAUUUGGGUCCGCCGCGCUCGGGCGGUCAGGUGCCGUCCGCCCGGGAGGGCGUUUGGGCAGGUCGGUCUUCGAGAUGAUGCCUGUCCAAGUGAUGUGUCAAACAGCGGUAUGCUGCCUCGCCUUGGUGACCUGCUCUUCUACACCAUUGCUGAGGGACAGGAACGGAUCCCCAUCCACAAGUUCACUACCGCCCUGAAGGCCACUGGACUACAAACGUCAGACCCGCGGCUCCAGGACUGCAUGAGCAAGAUGCAGCGCAUGGUCCAGGAGUCCAACAAUGGUGGCCUCUUGGACCGUGAUCUCUUCCAAAAGUGUGUGAGCAGCAACAUUGUGCUCCUGACUCAGGCAUUCCGAAAGAAGUUUGUCAUCCCUGACUUUGAGGAGUUCACGGGCCACGUGGAUCGCAUCUUUGAGGAUGCCAAAGAGCUCACUGGAGGCAAAGUGGCAGCCUACAUCCCUCAGCUGGCCAAGUCAAACCCAGACCUUUGGGGUGUCUCCCUGUGCACUGUGGAUGGUCAGCGGCACUCUGUGGGCCACACGAAGAUCCCAUUCUGCCUGCAGUCCUGUGUCAAGCCCCUCACUUACGCCAUCUCUGUGAGCACCUUAGGCACUGACUACGUGCACAAGUUUGUGGGCAAGGAACCCAGCGGUCUGCGCUAUAACAAACUGUCCCUCAACGAGGAAGGAAUCCCCCAUAACCCCAUGGUCAAUGCCGGUGCCAUCGUUGUCAGCUCCUUGAUCAAGAUGGACUGCAACAAGGCCGAGAAGUUUGAUUUUGUACUGCAGUAUCUGAACAAGAUGGCUGGGAAUGAAUUCAUGGGGUUCAGCAAUGCCACAUUUCAGUCAGAGAAGGAAACCGGGGAUCGGAAUUACGCCAUUGGCUAUUACCUCAAGGAAAAGAAGUGCUUCCCCAAGGGAGUGGACAUGAUGGCUGCCCUCGAUCUCUAUUUCCAGCUGUGUUCUGUGGAGGUCACCUGCGAAUCAGGCAGCGUCAUGGCGGCCACUCUCGCCAACGGUGGCAUCUGCCCCAUCACAGGCGAGAGCGUGCUGAGCGCUGAAGCCGUGCGGAACACCCUCAGCCUCAUGCACUCCUGCGGCAUGUAUGACUUCUCUGGCCAGUUCGCCUUUCAUGUGGGUCUGCCAGCCAAGUCAGCUGUGUCUGGAGCCAUCCUCCUGGUUGUGCCCAAUGUCAUGGGGAUGAUGUGUCUGUCACCUCCAUUAGACAAGCUGGGGAACAGCCAAAGGGGCAUCAACUUCUGCCAGAAGCUGGUAUCUCUCUUUAACUUCCACAACUAUGACAACCUGCGGCACUGUACGCGGAAGUUAGACCCACGACGAGAAGGAGGAGAAGUCAGGAACAAGACCGUGGUGAACCUGUUAUUUGCUGCAUAUAGUGGAGAUGUCUCAGCUCUCCGAAGGUUCGCUCUGUCUGCCGUGGACAUGGAGCAGAAAGACUAUGACUCCCGCACAGCCCUGCAUGUUGCCGCAGCUGAAGGACACAUUGAAGUUGUCAAGUUUCUGAUCGAGGCUUGCAAAGUGAAUCCUUUUGUCAAGGACAGGUGGGGCAACAUUCCCCUGGAUGACGCUGUGCAGUUCAACCACGUAGAGGUGGUCAAGCUGCUUCAAGAUUACCAUGACUCCUACAUGCUCUCUGAGACUCAGGCCGAGGCAGUAGCUGAGACCCUGUCCAAAGAGAACUUAGAGAGCAUGGUGUAAGCACAGGCCAGGGGCAGUCCCUGCUCAAGAAAAAGCAUGAGCUGGCCAUACAUUCAAUGCACAGCCACCAAAAUUCCUGUGGGAAGCUGCUUCAGUGGGGAUCAACACAGCCAUGUGGUGACACAGGCCAGUGUUUUCUGUGAGAACAAAACCCUCCAUCCCCCAGUAAACAGCACACGGAAGCCUCUGUGAACACCUGCAGUAGAAGCUAGCCUCAAGGUAUAGUUCAAUGGCUUCAUCCACUCAAAAGUAGCCCAGGUCUUCACCCAGGUCCCCUGUUCCUCUCUGAAGAAGUUACUAUGAGAACAAGAUACUUCCUUGGAGAGGCUGUAGCUGCCUGGCAUAUGCAUCUGCCACAGAGUAAGAGAUGCGGGCAGAGUCAAAGCGCCUGGCCUAGAAACCUGCAGAGAUCGGUCCCCUUAGCAGGACAUGCUGCCACCACUGACAGCGAUUUUAUAGACAGAGAAAGUAUUUUGUGUUGAAAUAAACUUUAAUUACAUGA